ACCUCAAACGAGGCUUGUGGAGAGUAUUAAGCGGUAGGCAGCGGCUUGGCUCUGCCCCUGGCAUUGCUGAAGUCCAUGGGCGACGGUAACCACUCAUCAUCAGGGAUCGUGUAUUCAAAUUAAAUAUGUCUGAUAUUAGUCAAUCACAUUGUGAGAGAGAUGCAUUGUUAUUAGAAGCUAGUAAUGUAGCGAGAUGUGUUAGUAAAGGAAAAUCAGAGCCUUUUGAGUGUAGAAACCAUAUUCGUGUGCUGCAGCCGCUGGGCGACGGAGAGAGGCUGUACGUUUGCGGUACUAAUGCACAUAGCCCCAAAGAUUGGGUCGUGUAUUUAAAUUUAACGCAUCUACCUCGGCACGAGUAUAUACCGGGCGUGGGCCUUGGUGUGGCCAAAUGUCCAUACGACCCUGCGGACAAUAGUACUGCAGUAUGGGUCACCGAGGGCAAUCCUGGGGAGCUUCCAGCUUUGUACGCUGGUACCAAUGCAGAGUUCACGAAGGCUGACCCAGUUAUAUUUCGUAAUGAUCUCUUUGAUUUUCGGACUGGUCAGAAGAAAUUUAAUUUUAAGAGAACAUUAAAAUAUGAUUCCAAGUGGUUGGAUAAAACAAAUUUCGUUGGUUCAUUUGAUGUGGGUGAAUAUGUUUACUUUUUCUUCCGCGAGACAGCGGUGGAGUUUAUGAACUGUGGUAAAGCAGUAUAUUCAAGAGUAGCCAGAGUUUGUAAACAGGAUAACGGAGGGAAACAUAUCCUCAGUCAAAAUUGGGUCACUUAUCUUAAAGCAAGACUUAAUUGCAGCAUACCUGGAGAAUUUCCUUUUUAUUUUGAUGAAAUACAAAGUGUACAUCAAAUACCGGGGGAUACGAGCCGGUUUUACGCGGCGUUCACGACGGGCGCCAGUGAUGGCCUCAUAGGAUCCGCGAUAUGCACUUACACUAUGGACGAUAUACAGGAGGCUUUCGCGGGAAGAUUCAAAGAACAGGCUUCGUCAAGUUCAGCAUGGCUUCCAGUGCUGCGAGCUCGAGUGCCAGUGCCACGUCCCGGCACUUGCGUCAAUAAAACCGAAGCUUUACCAGACAAUGUCCUCAACUUUAUAAGGUCUCACCCGUUGAUGGAUUCAGCUGUGCGACACGACGGUGAUGCACCUGCUUUCUACAAGCGUGAUCUGGUGCUCACCACUCUUGUAGUAGACAAACAGUUUGUUGACAUGCUGGGAGAUGACAUCACGUACACAGUAUUUUAUGCCGGAACUAAUGCAGGCGAAGUAUAUAAGAUAGUGCAGUGGGCGGGAGGGGGCGCUCGUGUGGCUGAUGUAUGGCUGGCCGCCGCAGCAGAGCCUAUUCGCGCCCUCGCACUCGCACGCACUCAACACGCGCUGUACCUAGCCACUGAUCAUAGAUUAAGAGAACUACCACUAAGAGCUUGUGCUCAUCGUUACGAUAGCUGCGUGCGUUGUGUACUAGAUCCGUACUGUGGUUGGGACAAAGAAGUAGGGGCGUGUCGUCCGUACACUCCCGGCCUACUUCACGACGCCACAAACUCAACUCCUUCGAUAUGCGAGGCUAGUGCCCCUCUGAAAACUGUGAAGGCGAGCUACGGCCAAAGCGUCCAUUUAGCGGCCUUCGGGAAGACGCCGGAUGCACUGAAAGACCAAUACGUCGUAUGGUUUCAUCAUUCCAGAGAGAAGGGACGGUACAAAAUUAAUUUCAACUGGGAUCGAGUGCUACAAACAUCGGAGCGAGGUCUCGUUCUACUCUCUGUGUCCGACUCGGACCGAGGCCGAUACGAAUGCUACUUUGGACCUUCUCUUGUGGCUUCAUACAAUCUAGAUAUUGAUAUACACAGGUGUACACAACCGAGUAAAACUCAAGAAUAUAAACAAGUGUAUUCCGAUUGGUGUCAUGAGUUCGAGAAAUACAAGAACGCUAUGAAAGUAUGGGAGUCACGGCAAAUGCAAUGCGCGAAGGGCAUGAAUGCAUCGAGUCAACAGAACAGUAUGAACAACGAGCUCGUUGCGUCGCUGCGGUGAUACAGCACAGUUAGUGAUUAAUGAACGAUUACUCACGCCCGAUCCACUGAUCACACAAACUAUCCGAUACACAGAUUCCCAUAGUAAUUUUGAGAUCCCAAUCUUUUCUGAUAUCUAUCGUUAAGUAUAAUAUUUUUUACGGCUUUCACGAGUCGUAGUCGUAAUUAAAACUGUUUCUACAGAUUGAUUAAUCUCGCAUUUUUUCUUGUCAUUGUACUAAUAUAUAUCAAAAGUUCCGAAUACUUUACAGUUAAUGUCUGUUACGGUUAAUUUUAGAACAGUUUUUAAAAUUAGAACAACUAAAUAUGUGUCUCAUGUGCUUUUUCUUUCGCACGUGUUUUGGUUUUUAACUACAAACGAAACGCCUGAAUCGUAUCAGCCGGCCUGCAUUUAUUUUCAACGCUUAUAUUAACAACAGCCGACCGGUUGUUUCGAACCGUUCAUUCGACAUCAUAACGUUCCUUCUGUCUCACAAUAUCCAUUAAACAAACAUUUCCACCGCUGAUUCUGAUGUUAGUAGGUCAGAGAUCGAAUAUUCAUGGUUCGAGAAGUGAAAUCGAAAGGGGAGAUAAUGCAGCGAGGGGAUGAUCUGUUAAAAUAGAUUUGUUGUUCGUUCGCGGUGUUCUCCUCGUGUUGAUGGAUCACUGAAUGUACGACUUUUACCCGCAACUUUUCUUUGUUGAUAAAACAUUGCACAGAUAAAUGGAUCUUGUUGUUCAAAUUCCCUUAAUACUCGUAGAACGGUUUGCAUUAAGCAAUUUGUGUAAUGAAUUUUUAUCUGAAAGUAAUUUUCCAUUUUUUAAAUUGCCAUCAUUUUAUAGAAUAACGGUUGCAAAAGUAUAAAUGCUUUUGAUCAUAGUUAAACAGCUUGCAUAAACUAUUAAGCACAUUUUCGCAUAUGACCAACAAACAUAAAUUCAUCAGAAAAAUAUCGGAUAGUUUGUAAAAACGUAGACGUUAAAUUCUUUAAGCCAUUAAGUACUGCUUGAUGAAAGCGACUGAGUGUAAAGUGUAAUUUACAGUUAACUUGUUUCGCAUAUGUCUUUGUUGCAUUAAGUUUAAUUAAAGUUUCAUUAAAACUUCGAUGGAACUUUCGUUUAGUUUUUAGAUUGACCUUUCGACUUUUCGCAGUUCAGUAAUUUUGAGUUUAUUUCUAUAAUACAUCAUGUUUAAUUUUGUUUAUGUGGUAAUUAUAGUUUCAAGAAAACGUUAAAGGCAAAUGUGAUUAUUGUAAAUAUUUGGAUGAUCUUAAUAAAAAUUAUGAGGGUUUUGUACCAUCAAUACAAAAUACUGUGAUAUCAGUUCUUGUUAAAAUUUAAAACAUACAGAAAUAAGAUUUAAUUGGACAAUUCAUUUAUCAUUUCAGAUGGUCGAAUUGGAUAAUUAACUCUGUAAUACAUUGUAUCGAAAGUUGAAAUGAUUGAAGCAAAUAUUUUUCCAUUUCAUGUUUACAAAAAAAAUAUUGAAUUAUGUAUAAAUUAUAACUACGGAAACUUGAAACGAAAUACGCUAAGAUAAACCAUGCUAAUGGGAUUUAAUGAAAGUUAAAGCAAAAAAGGUUAAAAAUUAAAGCAAUAUUAACGCCAAUUUAGACGUAAGUUUAAUGAAUGUAAGGAAAAGCUUAUUUGUACGUAAAGUGUUGAAGCUUAGAAUUAUUAUUGUGACCUCGGUUAAUGGCUCCACACUCACGCAGCGAGUGUUCGAUAAUGAAUGUGUACAAUUCGCGGUUCUUUAUACACCUAUGGUCGUCUCCUGCUCUAGUUAUUCCUGAAUCUUAAAAGAUGUGACGAAGUGAGUGUGGAUUCAGUUUUAAAUUUCAUUAUGUUUAAUCGAUGUUUAUAAUUUGAUCACUGUUCUGUUUUGAAUACUAGCGGUUUCUGUUUCAAAAUUUGAUGUUACAGUUUCGUUGCCAUAAAAUGUAAUUUUAGGCCGGACUUCGGACUUUGAAACCGAAUUUAAUAGUUGUUUAUGUUAAUUUCGGUUGUGUUUGUAAAAAUCUCGCUAGAAUAGUGCCUUGUGAAGCAUGCUUACAUUGUAAUAAAAAUCUUAUUAAAAUUUAUUAUUGAUUAGAUAGUAUUUUUGUGUACCACUUAAAUGAAAUUUGAUGGAUGUAGGUGAUAAUUUCAUUCGUGAACAAAAGCAAUAAUGAUUCACUUAUAAGGCUCCAGUAUUAUAUAAAAUUAAAUACUUAUAUGCAACGGUAAGAUAGUUAUGUACUUAAGAGAAAAUAUUAGUGCUAGUGGUAAAUAAAUUAUAAUUAUUUAAUUAUAACAUGCUCUUCUAAAAACCGUUUUGCACCCAAAUUAUUUAGUGCGGUAGUUUUAAGAUAUUACUUUUUAUGUUUAUUGUUAUGAGUAUUAUUUUGCAUCUACCUAAUUUUAAAGCUGCCAAUGUAAUUCAUGGAAAUGUAAAUAAUGAUACAAUUAUAUAUUUAAUAGAUAAAUUCGCUAAUAAAUUUCGUUUAUGUAAAAUAUAUAUUGUAAAGCUUAAACAUAAGCAAUUGUUUUAUAAAAAGAAAAUGGAAAUAAACUAUUUUAGAUCUA